UAAGUAUAUUGAAAUACAUAGUUAUUUUUUGGGCGAUUUUCGUUUCUCUUGAAGAGUACUGACAAUGUUUGGAAUAUUCUUUAGUAAUUCAUCAGCCUCCUGAGUAAAAUUACCUUCCGCCCAGAGAUUUCUCAACUCAUUCAAAACCAAACCCAUAAAACGACCGCUCUCAACUCCGUGCUCCUUCAGCAUAUUUCCAGUGAUGGGAAACUUAGGCAGUUGCCAUUUUUGAAACUCUUCCAAGUAAGGCGAAUCAUUAUACUUCAGUAACUCGACAAUCCACUCAUGAACAUGCGAUACUUUGCUUUUACUUUUCACCAAAAGUUGCUGAUACGGGAAUAAAGGAUUGGAAUGAAUUUUGGGCUGCCUAUGUUCUACAAUGAACAGUGCUAGAUCUCGCUCGUAUGUUGACAAUUUCAAUCGUGCGUUCAAAGACAAUACUUCCUCCUGAGUUUUUAAUAAUGAUGAUAAUAGGGUUAUGGCAUGUAGUUUCUUGGUUCCACUCCUGCGCCACACAUUUUGUAACUGUUCUACAUCAUGAUUAUUUGGCAAACCUGCAAAAUAGAUAAUAUGAAGCUCUUUAUCAUUUUUACAAAAGUCACACUAAAUUUUUAAAUGACCAUUUUAUAGAUAUAAUUGAGGAACCCUAACAAGUCAGAUUAAUGGCCGUUUGCAGCGACAAACUUCAGUUGAGCUUAGCUUAAGGCGAGACGCACGUUGAGACAUAUGCGGUGCACGCCCACGACCACAGGUAGACCACACACGCCUGAUGUUCACUACAAAAUCUAGGAUGGCGCUACAAAAACUACAAAUAUGAUUGUUAUAGUACUGCAGUGUAAUAAAAAUGUGACACUUGUAUAAUUGAAAAUGUCAUUUAGCGAUCUUCCAUCGUUAUCGAAUUUAAUACAGCAUCCGAUUUGGAAAGGUUCAUGUAGUGAACCAACUCUCAAUGGAAAAAAAGAAAAGUUGUCAACUGAUCCCAGAUUAAAAAAUUGGCACGAAUGGAUGAAGAAACGAAAGAAAAUGCACCUUCGCUUGGCAAAUCUAAUAAAACGUGACCCAGGUAAUUUGCUAAUGAAUACCGCAGAAGAAGUACGGCAAAUAAAAGAACAGAAGACCGCGUUUGAGUACAGUAGGUCAUUGCAAGAUCAAGAUUGUGAAGUGCCGAGUAUUGAGAGUAUCGGUGUGCCUGAAGAGAUUAUGGUCGAAAAAGAUGUUAUGCCAAGAGAAAGAAAUCAGUACACAACUUGGAAAGAGUCUGCGUGGUACAAAAAAAAGUGUGAAGAAUACAAAGUUGCUUUAAGCAUAAUACAACCACACAAGCCUGAUUUUAACAUGCUACAAAUUCGAGGAUGUGGAUUUUUACAAACCCAAAACCAAACUCAAGAGCUUCCCAAUGAAGAAAAAGAGGAAAAUUUGCCAAACGUUCUACACAGCUCUGGCACGAAAUUAAAUCUCAGACUGGCAAUAAACGACUUUGUUAUGACUAGAGAUUCAAAUCAAUCCACAAGGAAAGUAUAUUUAAUGUAUGAUUACGAUGUAUCAAAAUCAGGAGUGGAAACUCGAUACGUAACUUUAAAAAAUUUAGGUAACGCAACUAUUCACUAUUAUUGGAAAUCUGCCGAAAUUUUGCAGUACUUUAAGGAUUUAGUAACACCAAAACAGCAUAACACAGCAUUUUGCUUCAAUAAAAAGGAAGGAUUGGUUAUUCCCGGCCAAACUCGCAAUAUACCAAUUUGGUUUGAAACCAACAGUGCUGGAGUAUACGUAGAGCAUUGGGAGUUUCACACGAGACCGCGCAUUUUACCAGAAAACGCGAAGGUAGUAAUCGUGUUACACGCCACUGCCGAAUUCGCUAAUUUAGAGGAGGAAAAAGAGAAACUUAAGAAAGAAAUUGAGAACAGUAUUAGAAAUAGAUUAAUUAAAGAUACUCUUUCGUCGGUUUUUUCCAAUGUCCAGUAUAAUAAACGCAAGCCGACAAUUUAUGCGUACAAUAAAAAGGAAGUAUUCGAAGCGAUGAGUGGAAAAUACGACCCCGUUAAUUUGCAGCCUAAAUAUCAGUACAAUAAGGAAGUUGUGAGAGAACUUCAACGAUUUUAUAAAACAGUUAGACGUAAGACUGAUCCGAAGUCAUGGAAUUACAACAUACACGAGCUGAGAAUUCUUACGGACGCCACGCAAAGGCGUAAUGAAGAGAAUAUGCAAAGGUAA